CACGUCGUCCUCAUCCAUUUCGGGCAAGGCUCGAUCACCUCUCUCUCUUUCGUUCCCUUUCGUUGUCCGUGGACUUCUGGCAAGCAGCCGCUUGCACCAUGUUUCGCUCCUUGCUUGUGGUCGCGCAGCUCCUCUUUCUCGUCAACCUCUCCCUAGCCGCGGACUACUACAAAAUCUUGGACGUUCACAAGUCGGCCUCGGAGAAGGAUCUGCGGCAUGCGUACAAGAAGCUGAGCAGGAAAUACCAUCCCGACAAGAACAAGGAUCCAGGUGCCGAAGACCGGUUUGUGGAGAUUGCUCACGCGUACGAAGUCUUGUCGGACCCUACGGUCCGUGCAUUGUCUCUUCUGCUGUCUGCUUCAUCAUUCCGUUAUAGAAACGAGACAUAUAUGACCGGCAUGGAGAGGUUGGUUGCCGGGCAGCAUUCUUCGGCUGUGGUAUUGACCCGAUUGCAGGAGGGGCUGAAGGCACACGAGGGGGGUCAGCAACAAGGCAACCCAUUUGAUAUGUUCUCCAACUUUUUCGGUGGUGGAUUCCAGCAGCAGCAACAAGCGCGUCGCGGCCCGACCUCGGUUACCGAAUUUGAAGUGGAAUUAUCUGACAUAUACAAGGGAGCCAACAUUGAUUUCAUGAUCAAGAAGAAUAUCUUGUGCGAUCACUGCCGUGGCUCUGGCGCAGCUUCGGAUGGCGACAUCCAUACUUGUUCUGGAUGUAGUGGCUCGGGUGUGAAGAUGGUCAAACAGCAGAUCUUCCCGGGUAUGUUUGCCCAAAGCCAGACGACGUGCAAUGAUUGUGGUGGACGAGGCAAGGUGAUCAAGAAGAAGUGUCCUCACUGCAAUGGCAACAAGGUUGUCGAGCAUGCGUCUACGUAUACUCUCGAAAUCACCCCCGGGAUGCCCGAGGGUCACGAAGUUGUCUUCGAAGGCGAGAAUGACCAAAGCCCCGACUGGGAGGCGGGUGAUGUUGUGUUGCGCGUGCGGAGCAAAAAGAACAAGGGGGGCUGGAGGAGGAAGGAGAGCAGUCUCUACUGGAAAGAGACCAUUGGCGUCGAGGAGGCUUUGCUCGGUUUCGAGCGCAAUUUGACACAUCUAGACGGCCAUAUAGUCACACUCUCUCGUAAGGGUGUGACACAGCCAGGAUUCGUACAAACCAUAGAGGAGGAGGGAAUGCCCCACUUUGAGUCCAAUACCCACGGGGAGCUGUAUGUGGAGUACAAUGUUGUCCUUCCGAGAGAGUUGUCGACCCAGACACGCCGAAAGCUCGCCGAAGCAUUUUUCGGAUCUAGCACGGGUCACGACGAGCUGUAACUUAUAUUACUAUCUUCGGCUAUUUGCGCGCGACUUGAUUAUUGUCACCGCGAUGGCGAGCUGAUAUUGCCUGAUUCUUGAGCUCUCGGAUGCUAGCAACAGGAGAAGUCUCUCAACUGAAUAAGAUUCACGCCGCGUGAUGGCGUUGCCCGACGUCUUCUAUUCGAGUGUUCUCAAAUAUCUGAAAGGAUAUACUUACACCCAAGGAGUGCAUAUAUGAGUAUGAGACGAGCAGAUUGCAUAGACCACCACUCCAUCUUUCGCCCCUUCGUUCUCUUUCCUCGGCCAGGUCGCCCUUUCUUUCGCCUGCUCACGUUCCUUCGACAUGUUCUCUGCCUCCGUCGUUCUCUUGCUCUCCGCAUUUCUUCUUAGCUGGACCGCUCCAGUCUUUUCCAAGCCGCUGACUGUUCGCCGCGGGCCGUCGAUCGCAUAUGCGCGAGAUAACACUACCCAGACGCGCAAUGUGACUUCCACCUCGUUCGACAACUACCACAACAUCUCGGCACUGAACGGCUUCGACCAGUUCUACGGUCCCAACAACUUUGACGGCCGGAAGAACGAUCAGAAAAUUGUCAUCCAGGAGAAGCAGACCCAGUGCGAAGUCGUUCGAGUGGAGAUCAUCCAGCAGAAGCUCGCCAUCAUCCAGGAGUUGGUCAAAAGGAUAAUCACCGAGCAGAUCUGCGACGUCGAGACUCAAACGAUCGUUCUCGAGCAGCACAACGGCGUCCUCAAAGUCCUCCGGGACCAGAUCCAGCGCACCGUUGUGAAGAAGCAGAUCGGGUACGACAAGAGCAUCGCGGCCAAGUUGAGCCAGAUCGUGAACUCAGAUGGGACGCUGAACUCUAAUGACCUCGGCUUCAACGGCACGGACGUCGGGAAGAAUACGGUUGUUCCCGCGGGCAAUAACUGGAAUGAUGCCACGUCCCCGGCGCUCGUGAAGGCCGCGCUCCAGGCAGCCAUUGCCGCGACCAAGUCCAAUGGGACGGCUGCUGCGACUAACACGACGGGAACGCAUUGAUUGAUGACAAUAUUGCUGAGAUUGGACUUUUUUUGUAGUAUGCUUCUGGCCCUGUGAUGUAGCUCAAUACAGGACAUUCAGUGAGAAGGCGGACGGACGGAUGAGUCGCCGGAAUAUUUUCCACCGAGGAACGGCGGGGUUCUGGCCCUACGUAUGAGCGAGAUCUUGGGCGAUGUCAUUGGUGACAAAAUCUUGAGUUUGAAAGCUGGAAUCUUAUUCAGACCAGCUGGGGCCGGACCAUCGGACCGAGUGCCGGUGGGAGUUGAUACUAAAGCACGGAUGCAUCACGCACGGGGUUCCCGCACUUGACGCCCACAUCCGUGACGUCCUCCGGCCACUGCCUUGCCAGGCUCUUUUGCAAUCGCGCCGUGUCCCAGACGCUGAGUGGGCACUCUUCUCUCUCAUGCCGGUCUUGCAGUGAUGAUGCAGAGUGUCUGGACACACAGGAAUCAUCCCGGGAAGAGGCGCCUGGGUGAUUCCGAAGACAAUCGACGCAACAAACGCCGUCGGUGCCGUGAUUAGUGCCAGAGUUGACAAGCUUUUGCCCCAAAAAUCAAGUAACCCAGGUCGCUCGCCUCAUGCCAGUAUGAUACAUUGCAGGAUGUUAAUACACGUCUUGUCAUGGCCACUUAUGCCUGGCCGCAUGUCACAGUCUGCCUCAAGCCGGACAAGAAAGACUCACUAGGUAGUUGUAGGACUUGCGAUCGUCGCAUCGUUCAAGGUACUCCCGCUGGAAUGGCUCAGUCGUCGGCAGCUACACCAGAACCGGGGAAACCACGCACAUCGAUCAGCUGACGAGUGACUUCGUUGACAAGAUCGUUGUGUG